AAACAAUUGCAAGUGGGAGACCUCCCAAUGGUAUUACUAAAAACGGUUCAGUCAAUCAUAUCAAUGAAGCAGGAGACAAGUUAGAUAAUGAAACACCAUGUCACAGAUCAAAAGGAGUAAAGGUUGACCCUAUUAUAGUGGAAACAUGUUUGACCGAUGCAGUACAUGUUCAGAGGCCAGAUGAUGGAACAACUAAGAUACCACGUGUUCAUGAAAACCAAGUGAGGUCUGGUUUACAGGAUAGAGUAUUGGAUGACACAGUAUAUCGUGACAGGCCAGAUGGUGGAACAAAUAAGAUUGCAUGUAGUCCCAAAAGCGAAGUGGAGUUUGGUGUAGAGGAGAAGCCAUUGGAUGAAGAAGGGAAAGUUCAUCUAGAAGUAAGCAAAGAAGCAGGUUUACUCAAUGCUAAGAUCUCAAUUACUGUUGAUUUUUGUAUCGAAACAAUUCUGUGUGAUAUGAUUGAAUCAGAGCUUGAAAAUUACAGUAUUUCCAAAGAAUUGCAUUCUAUUAAGAACACUGAAGAUGAAACUGUACAAAAUGUGAACAAUGACUGCACAGGUUUUAAGAAACACCUCCCUUUGAGAUACAAAGAACCUGUUAUGCAAUGUGUAGUAAAUGAAAGCCCAGCUUCUUAUGUCGGACAAGCUACACAUGAAACAAUGCAGCAUACUCCUGAUGUAAACGAGGUCUUAUAUUUUGGAUCUGAGAACCCCAAUAAAACAGAAAAUAUGGCUUUUCCCUCUCUUAAAACCAAGAUUGUAAACUUGGAGUCUCUAGUAAACCAUUAUGAUUUCGUAAAACCUGAUAUAGAAAAUUCAGUUCUUUUUGACCAUCCAUAUUCUCAAAAAGGUUGCACUGAAGUGGAUGCUGAAAGGAAAAGGCAUGUGGAAGAGCAUAGAGGCUUUAAUAUCAAAGACAUUAUUUCUGCAUGUGUUACCAACAUUCAAAGUGCCCAAAAUGAGCAAAAAGAUUGCACAGAAAAUUACACUGUCAAAAGGUCUACAAGGAGUACUAAUAUAAGAACGCUUUCAACGAUGGCCACAGCAAAUAUUGAAACUAAUGACCAUUCAUUGAAAAAGAAUUUUCACAAGAGAGGCUUACUAAGUACAAAUGAAGAAAAUACAUCUAUCCAUAAAGAUCAAAUAAAUGACACGGAGACAAAUAAAGAUGCCAGAAGACUGACACAUGAUCAAAAGAUUAAUGACCACCAAGAGGAAAAAUCUUCCCAAACAAUGAAAAAGAUUUGUAAUAUGAAAGAUGUGGAACAAAGCAUCGGGCAAGUAAAGCAAUUAGAAAAGUCAGUACAUGCUAAUGGCAAGAGGAGAGCCAUAUUUCCUAUACAGAUUGACGAAGAUGACGUAUUUCAGUGUCCACAUUGUGAUAUGUCGUACAGUAUGAAGUCCAAGCUGAAAAACCACCUGAGGUUACAUCAAGAUAGUGAAAUCUUAACAUUACAACAUUGUAAAAUAAAACGAUGUCCCUAUUCAACUUACUCAUUAGACUUGUAUAAUCAACACAUCAAGGGUCAUGAGGGGUCGCAUUCAUGCUCCUGUAGUAUUUGUGAAUAUGGAUCACCGACCGUAAAAGGAUUAAAACAGCAUAUGGCCCUCCAUGGAGUGAAACAGUUGAAACAUAACCAUUUCAUGAGAAAACGUGGAUUGGCUCCAAUGCACAAAUCCAGAAAAGAUUCAUCCCAUAUUUACAGAUGUAAUCAGUGUGAUUUGAAAACAAAUCAGUUUAAAAAAUUACAAAAACAUAAACAAACUUGCAGACUGAAAAGCCAAACGUUAUCUGUGGAUUCUAUAGUGACACCACAAUCCAACAUACAGAAUCGAGUGGAACAAGAGCCUGAUAGGCCUAUAUCAAGUCCAACAAUUAGAGGUACGUGUACUUCAUACAAUUGCCCGAUUUGUCAGUAUAGCUCUUCAAAAAGUGGAUGGUUAGAAAAACACACGAGAUUCCAUUCCCCUCAGGCUGGUUGCUUUGUUUGUGAACAUUGUAACUUUUCUUCAUUCCAAUCAUCACGGGUUAGACAACAUCAAACACGUGAUCACAAAGUAACGAAAACGGAGGUGAUAGAUAACAACAGAGAUGCUCAUAUUAAUGGCAUUCUACAUGUUGAAAAUAAUGCAGUCCAGCAAAAUCCUCGGGCUUCUCAAUUCGAUGAUAGUGAAACAUAUCAGUCUGUAUGUGAAAACAAUAUAAAAAGUGAAAACCCUCUCAAGAGGAAACUACCAAAUGAAAAUUGUGAUGAAUUCACUAAAGAAAUUGUCCAGCAAUCUCAAAAUAACCAAAUUCAUCUAGUGAACACAAAAACUUGCAUGGUCAGACUACCACGAAUUGAUAGAGAAAUAGCCAGAAUGUGCAAAAAGAGAAAGGUUACUGAUGACGAGAGAAAUGCUAAUGAUAGUGAUCAACCUGAGAUUGUAGCAGAGGAUUUUCCAAUGGAUUAUGAGUCAACUGUUGAUUCUGAGUGCGAAGGAAUGAAUAUAUUCAUAUGUACUGCGUGCCCAUAUUUCACGAGAUUCACAGGGUACUUCCGAAGACAUACCUUACAUCAUAGAGUGCAGCGAGGACUAACAUGCAGGCAUUGCUCGUAUAGUUCAGAUUAUCAGAAAAGUAUGCAUAGGCAUAAAAAGUGGCAUAAUAAAGCUAGGAAGGGUAUGUGAUGUGUUAGAAAUAAAUAAGAGACAAAGACUUUCUAUAAUGAGCAGACUGUGAGAUGUACAUUGUAUCAUUAGUAUAGCAGAGAUAUAGAAUGAGCAAGUUUCUAAUAGAUAGUAAGAGAAAGACUGUGAUAGGGCGCAUAGUUUCAUUCUUAAAAGUAUGUGUGAUCAUCGAUAGUGUGAAAACGCUAUGUCAACUAGAAGUGUAAUUAGAUAAGCACAGUAUUUACUUUUGACAUACAAAAAGAAGAGAUGGUUAUUGGUCUUUGACAUUUAUUGACAGUUUUCCUUAUCUGGUUUGUUCUCCUUAAGACUACAGAUGAAGGUUUACAUGGUGGCAAUAUUGUUGAUUAUUGUAAAGUGUCUGUUCGUAAAGAGAAGAUUUAAAAAGAUAGAUCAUUACCGUCCCAUCUGUCAACCUAGUCCCUAUGGUUAUUGCCAACAUCAUAUUCUAGCUCAAGUUUGCCAUCUAUCAGCAUCACUUCAUCUCGGCAUAUUAGAGUAUAGUUUUCAUGCCAUGCAAGUGAGUUUAUGUUUUGUAGACCAAUUAUAUUCAAGUUAAUGCAUGUUCAAUACUAACUGUACCGAUGUUUGAUUAUGAUUUUAUGUUUUAUAAAUUAUGUUCGUACAUGUUGUCCAGAAACUAAGAGUACGUUUGCUGAAUUGAAUAUGAUAAUUUAUAGUUUUAUGUGCCAUACCAAAUUUAUUGAUCAUAGUAAAUCAUAAUAUUAUGUUUCAUACCAAAUGUAUUGAUAAUGGUAAUUUAUAAUUUUAUGUGUAAUACCAAACCUAAAAGUACAUUUGCUUCCUGUUAUUUUUAGGACAUGUGUAUUUCUCAUGCAAAAGUACACUUCUAUCGUAUAAAGGCAGGGAUGUUAAUUUAUACAUUUAUGUGUCAUACGAAAUGUAUUGAUUAUGGUAAUUUAUAGUUUUAUGUGUCAUAUCAAAUGUAUUGA